UCUUCCCGCUCAAUUUUAUGAAGUAGCUUGUGAAAUUAAUACUUAUUUACUGCUGUUUAUAAAACAAACAAAAUGAACGAUUCAUUUGGCGACUUUAAUGCAACACAGACGGCAACUGCCGGCGCCACCAAGGAGGCUGCCGGAGAGGGCAUUAUCUCGCUGUUAAUUAAACAAAUUGUGGAUUCGCCCGAGGGCAAUUUCAAGAUGUUUGAUGUCACUUACGCCCUUGUUUGUGUUGUGGGUAUUGUGCGCAACAUAGAGACUUCCUCUACAAAGAUCACCUACACGCUGGAGGAUCACAGUGGACGCAUUGAUGCACACUACUGGUUGGAGGAAGGCGAUGCAGUGAAAGCUCCAGAUGCUAUGAUUAACAAUUAUGUUAAGAUCUAUGGUUCAGUGCGCUCGCAGGCGGGCCAAAAGGUAUUGAUGGUAUUCAAGCUGCUGAAUAUUCUGGAUCCCAAUGAGGUCUGCACGCAUACAUUGGAGGCGCUGCAUUCCAGAUAUAAGGCAGAGGAGUAUCAUGUCAAUGGCGACACGAGCGGCAGCAGCAGCGGCGGCGGCGCUGGUAACUUUGGUACAAGCGGCAUAACUUCCAGUCAAAAUAAUGCCAUGGUUGCCGGUCUCGAUAACAAGCAAAUGGCAGUGUUCCAGGCGAUCAAGAGCAACGUUUCGGAGGAGGGUAUAAGUCGCAAAGAACUUAAAGCAAAGUUCUCACACAUAAAUGAAUCCGAAAUGAACAACAUUUUGGAUUUCAUGAUUUCCGAAGGUCACAUAUAUUCCAGCAUCGAUGCGGAUCAUUUUAUAUGCACCAUGUAGUUUAGGUUAUAAUUUAAAAAACAAACAAUUUUCGAAAUCUAUUAACAGCACACGUUCUCUGAGCUUUUGUUUAUGUGGCUGCUAUAAAAAUGAAUAUGCCUAACAUUGAAUCCGUUCAGCUGUGGUGUGUAGAGUAUUCAACCCAAGCCAUUUGAAUUCCGACUAGUUAUAAGUAAUAGUUUAUAGCUGCCCAAGUGUAUUUAACAAAUUAAAACACGUAGCAAGCAC